AAAAGUAAGAAUCGUAGUUCGAUUGGUGAAUAGUUUAGAUUGAUUCGUGAAUCGAAUCGGAUUCGGACUGAAAAUAAAUGCAUGAAUGUACUGAUUUUCAUCUGAGGAUCUAAAUCCUCCCCCUAAGCUGCGCCCGCCGUCAGCCCGUCCGGGACACGCCCCUCUGACGUAAGCACGCGGCUGAGGAUCCGGUUCCAGCUGUCGCUCCGAUCCGCUCCGGGAUUUUGGUUCCUCGCGGUAGGUCGGUAAGAUGGCUGUGUCUCGCGGAGCCUCGUGCUGGUCCGGUUGAUUUCGAGUUUGCGCUGCCGUUCUGUAACAGAAGCCCCCCCCGAACAAACACCCGCGCGCGCACACACACGCGCACACCGACCCGUGUCGGUAAAUUCACGUCCCCGCUCCACAUUUAUGCCGCUUUUUUGUAAAAACUUUCCCUCCGAGUUCAACUUUACCGGGGCCACGGUGGAUUACCGGAGAUCGGUCCGGGCGCAGGGCUGCGGGGGGAUGAACCGGGACGGCGGGGACGUUGUCACCGAAAUAAUCGUAUUUAUUUUCCAUGGUUGUCCGGAGUUCGUCUGCGAGUGAGGCGCCGCGCUGAACACCGGAGAGGAGCACCGACACACCGGGAAUCAUGGCCGCGCAGGUCGCCACUCUCAACACCAGCCCGCCUUCCGAGCUGAAAAAGCCGGACCGGGACACGCAGGAGGAGCCGGUACCGGGCGAGAAGCAGCAUGAAAAUAAGGACGCGGGAGCUGACGGAGGCUCUCCGCGGCAGAAGGAGCUGCAGGACGGGGCCGAGGCUGCUGGAGGAGGGGAUCCCGACAUGAAGAACGGGACUUUAGCCCGGGUCAACAACAACGGCGGCAACCAGAACGAUACGGGCGGGCUCGAGGGGAAUGCCCAUCCCGGAAUGGGCCACCACCACCAGGGCCCCUUCCCUCCACCUCCUUACGUUUACAACCAGCACUACAGCCGGGCCCCUUUUCAUCAACAUGGCGGACAACAAAGCCCUGGCAUGGCAGCUGCAUCGGGGCCGAGCAUGAUGGACCCGUAUCCCCCGAACUCCCACGAACACGGCUACCCCAACAGUUACAACAACUACAGCCCGUUCGCGGGCAGGACUUCCUAUCAGGGCCAGGGCUACGGGGCCAUGAAUUCCCCGCGCAGCAGCCAGCCUCCGGCAGCUGGGGGGCAGUCAGGCAAGCAGCAGCCGCCGGGAGCCAGCGCGGCUAUGGCUACAUCCUAUAAUAAUCAGAGGUAUAACAUUGGAAACCCGCAGCCCACGUCCACGCCGACCCUCAACCAGCUGCUGACCUCCCCCAGCUCCGCCAGGAGCUACCCCAACUACCCCCAAGGAGACUACAACAACCAGGAAGGGCCCAACAAGGCGGCGGGAGAUAUGAGCGGCAGUCAGUACAGUGGGGUCCAUCCGAGCUGGUCGCAGAGGGGCCACCACCCACCCCCCAUGAGCCCGGGGAACACCGGACAGCCGGCAAGCCGGAACCAGAGAUGUCUGCGUACGGACAGCAGGGCCCAGGGGGCUACAGCCAACAGAACCAGGGCUACUACGCUCAGCACGGCCCCCCUCCCAAUGCUGGCCAGCAGCAGCCUCCGUAUCAGAGCCAGAGCAGCUCUGGGUCCCCUUAUCCUCAGCAGGGCCACCCCUCCCAACCUUCAGGCCAACAUGGGCAGCCAGGACCCCCUUUUCCACAGACCCAAGUGCCCCACAGCGGCUCUGCGGGGCAGCCCUCCUAUAGCCAGCCCCCACAGUCUCAGCCGGGACAGCAGCCCUAUGUGCCCUCCCAGCAGCAGCAGCAGCAGACGGGUCCAGGCCCACAAAAUCAGCCGGGCCCUCAAGGCCAGCCUGGGUACCCACAACCCCCCGGGCCAGAGCAGCCGCCAGCACAGCAGCAAGCACCCCCCCAGCAACAGCAGCAGCAGCAAGCAGGCGGUCUGCCUUCCCAAGCCCAGCAGCCCCCAGGUCACGGCCAGCAAAGCCAGCCAUCACCUUACUCCCAGACCCCCCCCCUGCAGCAGCAGCAGUCACCAUAUCAGAGGUUCCCCCCUCCCUCACAGAACCAGGACGUCUCCCAGGAUUCCUUCAGCUCCCAGUCCAGCAUUCCUCCGUCUGGCCAGUCCAACAAGAGCGGUCCUGAGGACAGCAUGCAGGGGCGGCCAUCCAGCCUGCCGGUGAGACGCUCUCUUGUUCCCACGUUCAAUCCAGGGGAGCCGUUUCCAUCCUAACCUGCUCCAUGAAAAAGGUUAUUUGGGUGGGGCAUCAUCAAGGACAGCAGCAGUUUGUAAGCUCAGAUCAUGAAGCACAGAUACAUGUCUGAUCUAAAAAAGAAAAGAACGCUCAGCUCUCUCUGACGGUGCUCUCAGGAACGCCUGCAGAAUGUUAGAAAGAAGAGCAUCUCUGUCUCCACUUAUUUUUCCUUUUGUAAGUUAAAUGUAGAUUACAGAUGUUUGAAGCAGCUGAAGAUCAUCUCCAGUGUUUGUUGGCUUCCUAAUCAGCUCUAGUGGUGAUGUAGUGACACAGUUUUGUUUUCUGGGGGGUGACGGUGUCCCACCACUCUGCUGAAGGUCAUCUGAGGAUAGCUUUUAAACCUCUGUUCAUUUGUCAGCAAAGAUUUUAGCUGGAAGUUCAUGUUUAAUUUCUACAGUUACUGAACUAUAGACAGGAGUUUCUGAGUCUGCUACAGCUGAACAUUAGCA